CCGGCACGAGAUGCUAAAUCGGAUAGCCAGGAACUCCUGCACCUUGACCACGUGACCUACAUCAGGGAAUUACACUCACUCCGUCCGUUGUGUCUAUCAUCUUUGAAGUUCUACGCUAGGUCCCAUCUGAACAGCAUCAUGGGUAUCCCUGGCCUGACAACAUUCAUCAACAUGAAUCCCACCCUGUUUCAACCGUAUAAACUCCAUGGGACACAAGUUGUUAUUGACGGAUACAAUUUGCUGCAUGUCCUGUAUUACGAAUACCACAUCAAUCAUCGAUACUGUGGCAACUAUGAUCAAUUUGCUAAAAACAUUGAACAUUACUUCAGCGCAUUUUCCAUCUGCGAUGUCAAGCCUGUUAUUGUAUUUGACGGAGGUUAUGAAAAGGAUGAUAGAAAGCUGCGGACGACUUUACGUCGUGCUCAGGAGCGAAUCCAUUUGGCUGGUUUCAUAUCACACGGAGGUAGUGGGAAAAUCUUGCCAGUGUUGGCAGAAGUGACCUUUAAGAAUGUUCUAGCAAAGCUAAAUAUAUCUCACAUGACCUGUAACUUUGAAGCAGAUGACGAGUUGGCCGCUUUGGCGAAUCAUUGGGGUUGUCCGGUCAUCAGUAACGAUAGCGAUUUCUUUGUAUUUAAUGUCCAUGGUGGUUUUAUUCCGCUAGACCAUCUUACAGUCCAAGUUUCAAAGAACUCUGAUGGCACUAAAUACCUGGACACUCAUAUCUAUAGGAUAGAAACAUUCGUCAAGCAUUUCAAGUGUCGUGAUGUACAGUUUGUGCCACUGUUGGCAACGUUACUUGGCAAUGACUUCGUCGAUGGGAGGAAAUUUGAAAAUUUCUUCAGCAAUAUCAAAUUACCUCGGGUGAAGUCGAAAAGAUUCACUGUACCGGCCAAAAAUACGAAAAUGGCUGGUUUACUGAUAUGGUUAGAAGAUAUGGACUCGGUUGAGGAAGCAGUUGAAACGAUCUUGCAGUAUUUCAAAAAAGAUGACCGAGACUACUUUGAAAAGAUAAUUCUGCGAUCCAUAGAUUCAUACACAAAAAUAGUUUCAAAGUUGCAGCACUUCUUCGAGGAUCGAAAGGCAGCAAUUUCUGAAUGUGACAGUGAUGUAAAAAGUUACAACGGUAUUGAUUUGCCUGUGUGGUUUCUGAGGGAAUUUCGCCUCGGAAAUCUUUCUUCGAGUUUGUUUAAUGUCUUGGUGUUGCAUCGUGUUAUACCUCUUUGUCAGGUAGAAAAUAUGGAAGUCGUCAAUGCCCACCAGUGUGCGUAUGAAAUUCGCCGCAUUAUAUAUGGUAUUCUGCUCAAGAAGGAACAAGCACAAGACAAUUUACCGGUAGAGAUUCCAACAGAGACAGAUUCGUUAGCAAAGGCAACUCGUGCCACUCAUGUUGAAGAGUAUACCCGAAUAGGAAAGAAACUUACCAAGCAUUGCAUUGAGCCAUGUUAUGUUUUGCCUGGCGGUAAUUCAGUGCCUCUGCUGCAGAAUAUUCCAGAUCUGUCAAAUGAAAUUCGUACAUCUGUGCUGUUUGAUGCGUUCGGCUUGAAAGUGUGUGACUUUGAAGAGAUACCAGAUGAACUUCGUCUUGUGCUGGCAUGUACAGUCGUUUGGUUGAGGUCUUCAAACCCUAAGGUGACAAAAGAACAUCUCCAGGGCUUGCUUGUGAGUGUUUUAAAGCUGUUAGUUAUCGAACCUGCUCUGCAGGAAGUUAGUGGUAAUUUGGAUACUGAAUUAGAACUUUCAAGUGACAUGUAUGAUCUUCGAGGUAAAAUCUUUGAUGCAUGUAGUAUUGAAGAAAUCAAGGCAGCGAAGAUUAGAAUUGAUAAAACAGUUCGUCUCCCUCACCAUGAUAGUAUGUGUGCUGAAGUUGUGCAUGGGUUUGCCCAAUGGCAUGCCUGUCUUCUCAGUGCUGUGCAUUUGAACCAGUUGCUACUGCGCCCAGUACCCCAGCCUGACCCAGCUAGAAUCUACAAUGGAACUGUAGCGUAUGCUUUUUGUAAAGAACUGACCUUAAGAAAGGACCCAUGCCUCUAUGUGUCCGAGGUGCUUGGUCGCAGGACUAAGUUGACAGAAAUCUACAAUAAUUGGAUGCAGUUCUGUUUGAAUCUAGUUGAUGAGGAUGUUUUCUAUUCAACUGUCUCCACACGAAAAAAGGGCUCUAAAAAAGGGAAGAAAAAGGACUCUAAAGGAAAGGUGAAUGUCGUGGCUGGCACUAGUGGCAGUCCGAGUGGGGGUGGGGAUGCGCGGAUUAAGAAGAAAGCUUCCAAGGGAGUGCAGAAUCAAGUCCACAAAUCAUGUAAUUUGAGCAACAAGUUCAGCAUGCUGGCCUUGAGUGAUGACAGCGCAAGUGAAGGAGAAAUUCCUGAUCAUAUCUGAUGCACGAUGUAGGUCUGUAAGGGUGUCCCACCCUUCUACUGCAAUAAGUGUGUCAUGAAAGUAGAACAUCCACUUUGGCCUACAGGGGGCACAUGUGUGUCCUAAAUUGAACACAUCCACUUGGUCCAUGAAGCUAACAUUGUGUUAUUUAUUCAUGUGUGUUAGCUUCAUGCUUGGGCCACGAGGGGGCAUAGUUGAAGUUUGAAGUUCCAUUCUAACUCUCAUCUCACAUUGUUAGAUAAAUGGCGUUGGUAAAUUCAAUAUGCAUUUUUACUUGGGACUGGGAGGUUUUGUGACACUACAAAUAACUGAGUACGACGGUCUAUAUCUCAUCAAGCCUUGUGCAAAUUCAUUGAUGCAACACUCGUAGUGCAAGGAAACUGGGUAUUAAAAAAAUUGCUGUCAAUAAAACUAAUUUACUUCAUGUAUUAUACUAGUUGUGUACUAUGUUGAUCGUAAGCUUUGUAAAAUGUGCCUAUUGAGGGUUUGAGUUGCGCUUAUUAUGAUUUCCUGCCAAUGCUGUAAAUUGUCACCUCAGGCCUAAGGGAAUCAAUAGACAACUGUGUUACCAUGAUUAAUGAAGUACUAGAACAUGUACAAUUUACUUAUUUUCUUGAAAGUAUACUCUCAAGAGAUUGUAUACUAAAUUGAAAAUGACCCGUUAGAAGGGUCAGAUACACCAAUUACCGGUACUAAUAAAAUUCCCUGAAAGACAAAAAUCAAGUCUGUAUUUAUUGAGUUAGCAUCAUUUUCUGUCGAGGAUGGUUAGUUGAUCGGUCUUUCUUCUCGAAUGAGAUGUAGGUAUGUCACUGCUGUCGUUUGAAAGAUGAAAAACGAUGAGAAAGAAUUAAUAUUUCCUGGUUAUCAGAAUGAUGCUUAAUCAGAGUAACAGAGGAGCUGGAGUUGCCUGAUGUGUGUCUUCACAAUGUAUUGUUGUGUUUCAAAUCUUGUCUCUUGGUGAUUCGGAGAUAGUUCGUCUGUU